AUGGGUGGCUUAUCUCGGGUGCUGCUGCUGUCCCCGCCCUCCCUCUCAUCAAACCCUGACAAACUAGCCGAACUUAUCAAUCAAUAUGAUAAAAAUGCCAGAGAUUUGCAAAUGAUAGACCGCCUCGCCGCUGGUCUUGUAUCUCUCCCAGAGUCUGCCUACAGUCUAGUUCUACUGCUCACAGGCAUCGAUGGAACAAAUGCGGAGAGCGAGCGGUUGGUGGGACGAGACGCAUUACAACGGAUCACUCGAACACUACAGCCAGGCGGAGUAAUGAAAUAUCAAGACGAAUCCUCUACUUCUAUUAAAGAACCUCUCCGUACAGAAGCUAUACUAUGUGGCCUAAUGAUCAAUGAUAAGGGAGAGCUGAUAAAGCCAGCGUUUGAAGAGCAAUCAAUUUCAUUGCCAUUUUCGCUAAAAAGCCGGAAGCCUAAGAAAGAUGCCAAUACAAAUAAGAAUGAACAACAGCCAGCAGUACUCCAGAACAACAUAGUGACGUUGGAUAACACAAACGAUGCAUUCAAUACCCCGGAUGGAGAUGAUGAUGAGGAGCUAAUUGACGAGGAUGAACUGAUUGAUGCGGAUGAGCUUGAGAGACCAAUCAUACAACCCCCAGAGUGCAGGCCCAAAGCUGGCAAACGCAGAAGAGCGUGUAAGGAUUGUACCUGCGGGCUAGCUCAGAAGCUCCAAGCAGAAGAUAAGGCCCAGCGUGCAAAUGCAGACGAAAAGUUAUCCGCCUUGAAAUUGAACUCUGGCGAAAUAGCAGAGGUAGAUUUUACUGUUAAGGGGAAAACCGGAAGUUGUGGAAAUUGCUCCCUAGGAGACGCUUUCCGUUGUGAUGGCUGUCCGUACAUUGGGCUACCGCCGUUCAAACCAGGUGAAGAAGUCAAACUAUUUGAUAACGACGUGCAAUUGUAG